GCUAAGCAUAAGAAGGCUCAAUCCAAUGCUUGAAUCAGCAUAUAAGAGUUCUAACUUUAUCAAUCUACGACACUACAAUCAACAACUUUCACAUGCAUCUCGAUUUCGAGGUAACAAGCUAUCUCAUUGGAUUAUCAUUCCAAAAAUUUAAACAACUAAAUACUAAUUAUAAGUUAAAUUUUACAAAUUUUUUUUGCCAGAAUCGAGCAACUAUCAUACCCAUCUGUUACAAUCCGGCAACAUUCGAGGAAAUCUUACAAAUUCCAAUCAAGAGCUUCCAAAAUUUGGUGAUACUUCUACAUACUAUAAGAUUGGGACAACAUCGCAAGUUGGAGGUUAUGGUAAUUAUCAAAUUUCAGGUAAUCGCUCUCUCGGUACUCCAAUGACUAUGAUGGGUAGUCCUUAUCCUAGUCAAAAACUCAACUUCAAUAGGUAUAUCGACAUGCAAUUGAAUGGUAUGAACUAUGAGACUAUUGGAGCUAGUAACCCAUCAUUCAAUAAGAGUAAUGGAUUGCUUCCAAAUGUUGGAUGGGAUGCUGCAAAUCUUGGAUUGACAAACCAGGUUUCUAGUGGAUGCAUGAAUGUUGCACCAACAUUGACGAAGAAUGAACCGUUAAGUCAUAGUUAUGCUACAAGUCCAUUCACAUUUCCAUCAAUCAACAACAAUGAUCAAGACAACUACUUGGGAUUGUCAAGACCAUUGGGACAACAAGUCAAACUAUUUGGGACUUCAAAUGGAGGAGGAGGAACAAACAAUCAUGUUGAUGUUAUCAGUAUGAUGGAUAACAUCUCUACCAAUUUGGCUAACGAUCAUCCAUCCUUUGGUGAUGAUAUGUUCAACCAUCAUAUACUUGAUGACAUCGAGAAAAGUGGAAUUCAACCCAACAAUUCUACCUCUCUUUCUUCAGACACAAACCAGCUGCCACAACACUCCAACUUCUCUACUGCGCUAUCACACCAUACUGAGCAAACUACAAACCUUGAAGUACUAUUAGAUGUCUCUAGUCAGCAAGAAGCUGGAGUUACAAAGUUCACAUUAUCAAGUGACAACUCUUACUAUGGUGCUAUUGAAAUGAAUAACCGUGUAAGCGAGUUCUCACAACCCAACUUCUUUAACGAGUCGUCAAACCACUUCGAGCAAACUACAAACCUUGAAAUGCUUUUAGAAGCCUCUAGCCAGGCGAAUACAUCCAACUGCGACUAUAAAAUCAAUUUUGAGUGUGAGGUUAAUCCCAUCAACGAAAAGCAGCAAAUAGAAGGAGUUGCAAAGUUCACAUUCUCAAAUGAGAAUCCUCAUUAUGGUUCUACUGAAGUGAACAGUCUUGUAACUGAGUUGCCACCCCACAACUUGUCUAAUGAGUUGUCUCACCAUAUUGAGCAAACUACCAACCUUGAAUUACUCUUAGAUGGCCCUAGUAAGGUUCAAGGUGUGUGUGAGUGUGCAAAUCCAACAAACUUUGCCGAUAGAAGCAAUCUCGAGAGUGAGUUCAAUUCCUUCGAUGAUAAACUGCACGAGGAGAGUGAAAGGGGAACUAUAGAGUUCAAUCUCAACAACUCAUUUCUACCAGAGAUUGAAGCAUUAUUAGAAAAUAAGGAUUGGGCUGAUCAGUUCGUUGAAUGUCUACCUGAAACUGAGAACUGGACAUCCUUUUGAAACAGAGAUGACGGUUGAUGUCAUUAGAUUAAAAAUUAAGAAGACAAUAUGAUGUUAAAACAAAGUAAAAGAAUAUUAGUUUUACAGUGUGAUAAGAAGUAUAUCAAGUUUGUUGCGAUAAUAUUUGUUGACCAAGACUUCAUGUUUGGCUCAAACAAGGCCAAUUUCUUAGACUCGUUACAUGGUUGAGGUUAGUUUGGUUUAUAGUUGACUGUUGGUAUCGCUAUGUUGGAACUCAAAUAAAGAAUAUAUCAUAGUUUAAACU